AUGAGUAUACUGUUUAAUAUGAUUGUAAAUAGAAUAAUAGAAGUAACAGGUUUUAUAGACCCUGGGUUUGGAUUCGAUAAUGUUAUUGAUCCUGGAUUCAGUAGACCUACUUAUCCUUACUUUCCUGUAAGACCAAAAUAUUAUCCUGAUUGUAAUGAUUGUAAGUGGAAAUAUAUGAACAAACUGAGUAGAGAUUUAUUUAGGAAUCCUUGUGGUGAUUGUGAAUUUUUACCAAUCUGUGAUGCUAGAUUAGAAUUCCCAACAUGUAAUACAGCUUCUAAUAUGCCGGUUGAAAGAUAUGGAUUCUGCAUAGGUGAUGUUGAUAUUCCAUGCAAACAUUAUAGUUUUAGGUAUUCAAAACACAACAGAAAUUUCAGACACCACAAAGAAUUUACUAUUGUAUGUCAUAAAAAGUUGUGUGGUAAAACAUCCUAUGAAUUCUUGGCUGGUUAUGAUAUCUUUAUUAAUGUAGGUUGGAGAUUACCAAAUAACACUUAUUACUACCCAGCUUAUAUGAAAGUAGAUGCUUGUCCAAUAAGUUCAGAUAUGAUAAUGAUUUCUUUCCCAGGUAGAUGUUUAGAAAAAUAUUGUUUUGAUCUCAUUGGGUAUGUAGCAGUUUCCAAGCCAUUUAAUCAAUGUAAAGACAUUAGAUUUAUGGCUGCUUAUUCUAAAUGCGGCAACAGAUUUAUACCUUUCACAUAUUAA